UCAUUGAACCGGGAUUGCCAGCGGUCCAUUUCCACAAAACAAAAGAAAGCGCUCUCUCUGUCUCUCUUCAUUCGAUCCCACCAGGGAGGACAUUGCCAAAAUCCACAUUAGCUCUCUCCUAGGGUUUCUUCUUUCAAGGGAUGAACAGGAGCAAUUAUGUUUGAAAGUUGUUUAAGGUAGUUCUGUCCUCAGCUACAACGGUGUCCCAAUUGUCAUGGUAUAUCUGAUAAGGGUCUCUACAACUCAACAUAUAGUCUAAUAGUAUCCUAAUCAACAUGGCAUGAUCCGCAAUUUGUUAGAUAACAAAUAUGUUUCGUGAAAUGGAAAUUCGUGGGCGUGUGGCUAUCCCCACAAAAAGCCUGGACAGAAAUGGAGUGGUCCCCCAAAGCUCAGUUGUGACAGGCCUCUUAAAGGAAUUGUUGCUCAUUAAGUCCACAGAGGAGCAUGGUUACUUCCUAGCAAUAACCGAACUGAAGAGCAUAGGCAAUGGAGAGUUUGAAGAUGAAUCAGGGGACGUCCUCUUCUCAGUGGCCUUUCACUGUCGCACCUUCCUACCUGUCAAUGGAGAGAUCAUGCUUGGAGUUGUGCACAAGAUACAUAGAAGGGGGGUCUUCUUGAGAUGUGGACCCAUGAAAUAUAUUUAUCUAUCAGCUCAAAAGAUGCCAAAUUUCUACUAUGCCCAAUGGAAAACACGAGAGAUCUUCAUUAACGAUGAUCACUCAAGGAUAGAGAAUGAUGUGGUUAUCCGUUUUGUGGUCUUCGCUGUGAGAUGGAGAAAGAAACAUUGGGACAUAGAAAGAGAUUUCAUGAUUCUUGCCAGUUUGGAAGGUGAUUGCCUUGGACCAGUUUCGUUGCCUGGGUCUGAUGAGUUGGAAUUAUAAAGUUCUUUUUUUUGUACUCAAUUCAUUAUGUAGGUGGUGGUGCUGGUGCAAAGUGAAAAUUGAUGUUUCCUAGAGUGAAAUUUGUAACUGAUGAACAAUUGUUUACCCUUCAGCUUUGCUUCUGUAUGUAGAUAGAAAGAUUAUACUUGAAUGAAGUUUUAUAGAAAAGGGCUUAAGCACUAGCUUGUAGUUUGGUCUUUCAUGUUAUGAAAUGUCAAUUGUUGACACCCCAAUGCUUCAGUAUCUGUGUGAAUGUUUUGAAUGAGGAAUGAGGAUGUUGAUCGGAAACUGUUAGCCAA